AUGUAUCCUCUGCUACCUGCGUUAUCCGUAUUACCUUUAUUAUCUGUAUUACCUGUAUCUGUAUUACCUGUACCUGUAUUGGCUGUCACCUGUAUUACAUGUAUUACUUGUAUCUGUAUUACCUGUGACUGUAUUAUCUUAGGAGUUCAAAUUAAUAGUAUAAAUUAA